AUGUCUGAAAGUCCAGAAAUCUCUGAUGCUUCAAUAUCGGGAGGAGAAACGUCAGAAGUCGAAGAUUUAUUACCCGCUUUUGAAAAUGAAUCUGUCGAAACAACAAACGUAAAACCGACUGUAUUAUUCCCACAACGUAGGACAUCUCUAGAGAAAAUUACAAAAACUCGAAAACAAUACAGCGAGAUGGUUGAAAUCGCUUUAUUUCAGAUGAACGAAACACGAACGGGUUCGUCAAGACAAGCCAUCGUGAAAUAUAUCCGUGCGAAUUACCAAGUCGGCGACAAUGCAAAUCGUUAUGUGAGUUUGGCAAUUGUAAAACUUAUCGAGAAAGAAAGAAUCGUACGUAAAACUGGUGUUGGGGCGUCGGGCAGCUUUUCCUUGUCGAAAGAAAUUCGGGAAGCGAUGCGAAAGGGAGUCAAUGUUAAACCUAAAGCGAAACCCAAGCCGAAACCGAAGUCAAAAGCCGCUACUAAGGGAACUAAAAAGACCACAACAAGCAAAACAAAAGGCGAAGGGGCGAAAGGCGCGGGUAAAAGUAAAACCAAGGCAAAAGCUGACGAAGAAGGCGGGGAUAGCGAUAAAGAAAACGAACCGGUGAAGGCCAACAAGGCUACGAAGAAAAAUGGCGCGAAAGCAUCCACUGGCCGGGCAAAGAAGGAACAAAGCGAAGCGGGAAGUAAAGCUACCAAUAAAAAGACGAAGGCGGAAAACAAAGAUGGAAAAGAGAAAGGCAAAGCAAGCGAAAAAGAGACCAAGCCAUCGAAGACAACGACGAGUAAAGCCAAACCGAAAGCGACUGUCGCGAAGGAAAGCAAGGAGAGCCAGCCGAGCAAAGCGAAGGGAAAAGCCGAGGGAAAAGCUCCUGCAAAGCCAAAGCCGGGCAAGGAGAAAGAAGCGAGCGGCGCUCCUAGCAAGAAAUCUGCUCAAACAAAGAACACGAAAAAGAACGAGGAUAAACCAGUGAGGCAGAGAGCUAAAAGUUAG